CGGGCGCGGGGCCCGUUGUUCCGGCGCAGGUGAGGGAGGCGGCGCCGGGGCCGCGGCUCAGCGCCCGCGCCCCGCCAGCGGCCCUCCGCCGCAACUUUCUCCCCGAUCCAAGUUAUUUUCUUUACCAACACACGCCCCGGGAGCAUUCCGAGCUGCUGCCUCCUUGCCUCCCUUCUCGGCCGUCACCGCGUGCCCCGGGGGGAAGCGCAGCUCGGGGGGCCCCGAGGGCCGUGCGAGGCCGGGGGAGGCAUUUUGCUGCUUUCGGGGAAACCGGCGAGGACGGCGAUCCCCCUUGUCCCCCCGCCGCCGAGCCGUGGCCCGGACGUUCAGGGGACUCAGCCCCGACGACACCCGAGAAACCACGCUGGGGAAGUUUCGGGGCUCCCUGUUGUCCUACAAAGGGAAGCGAGGACUGUGGCCGAAUUACCAUUGCCCAGAAGAAAAGAUGUUUGGUUUUCACAAGCCAAAGAUGUACCGAAGUAUAGAGGGCUGCUGUAUUUGCAGAGCGAAGUCCUCCAGUUCUCGAUUCACUGAUAGUAAACGCUAUGAAAAGGACUUCCAGAGCUGCUUUGGGUUGCAUGAGACUCGCUCAGGAGACAUCUGCAAUGCCUGUGUGCUGCUCGUGAAAAGAUGGAAGAAAUUGCCAGCAGGAUCGAAAAAAAACUGGAAUCAUGUGGUAGAUGCAAGAGCAGGACCCAGUCUAAAGACUACAUUGAAACCAAAGAAAGUGAAAACUCUGUCUGGAAACAGGAUAAAAAGCAACCAGAUCAGUAAACUACAGAAGGAAUUUAAACGUCACAAUUCUGAUGCUCACAGUACCACCUCAAGUGCCUCCCCCGCUCAGUCUCCUUGUUACAGUAACCAGUCAGAUGAUGGCUCUGAUACAGAGAUGGCUUCUGGCUCUAACAGAACACCAGUUUUUUCCUUUUUAGAUCUCACAUACUGGAAAAGACAGAAAAUAUGUUGUGGGAUUAUCUAUAAAGGCCGUUUUGGGGAAGUCCUCAUUGACACACAUCUCUUCAAGCCUUGCUGCAGCAACAAGAAAGCAGCCGCCGAGAAGCCGGAGGAGCAGCGCCCCGAGCCCCUGCCCCUGCCCCCUCAGGAGUGGUGACUGAGGUGUAUGUACAAGGGGGUCAACGCGAGAUGGAAAUGUUGGAAAGGAAACAAAGCAACAAAACGACCCUCCUAUUUGUAACUCGGAUACCCGCUCUUCUGCCAAAAGACAAUUUCUAGAAUAGUUUCGAAUGGGUUAUUUUUCCUCCGGUUCCAUAAACUCUGAUGCCAGUGUCUAGCUUACUAAAAGAAAAAAGUGUACAUAAUAUUUAAGAUGCUGAGUAUUUCAUAGGAAAGCUGAAUGCUGCUGUAAAGUGCUCUUUAAGUCUUUUUUUUUGUUUGUUUAAUCCCCUUCUAAUGAAUGAAACUAGGGGAAUUUCAGGGGACAGAGAUGGGAUUUGUUGUAUGAUAAACGUAUGUAGUUCUAGUCUUUCUAUAUUGAGAAGCAGUGGUUGGGGCAUUUUUUAAGAUGGCUGGUUAUACUUAUUUUCCUUCAUGAUAAUAAAUUUGUCAUAACUCAGUAACAUGGACUUGCCCCUAGAGGGAGUUGUUAAUAAUUUUGAAAGAUUAAGGUCUUGCCAAGGUUCUGAUGAUUGAAACCUGUACUACUGAAUAUUAAGCAGGCCAGACUAAGCUCUCUGGUACAAAUACUUUGAAGGAGUACCUUCUAAAUAGACAGAAGUAACUUGACUGUAUAUGUUGUCACCUUCCUCCAUAUUGAUAUUUGAUAAAGAUUUUAAUUUAUAUGAAACUUCUAAGGCAGAAUGAAAGCUCCUCUUGGGGAAAUGUCAAGUCUUUUGGAUAAGCGAUCCUGUAUGAAUAGUACCAAAGCAUUACCAUAUGGUAGAGAACACACUCUAUUAAAAAUUAAAUUAUCUGAAGAGUAGAAUGUGCAAGUCUUCAGGAUGGCACACACACAAAAGGUUAGUGCUUCUUGGGGCACAUUUCUUAGAGGGCUUGCUGAGUGUGUAAAUAAUUGACUUUUGUUUGUGUUACAUGACUGGUGACUUCACUGAAAAUCUGCACAAUUCAGUUUUAGCUCUGGAUUACUUCAGUUGACCUUUGUGAAGGUUUUAUCUCUGUAGAGUGGGUGUUUGAGUUGUUUUAACCUGUUGGGUUUGGGGGUUUUUUUUCACUCUAUAUUAAAGUAAAAUUCUGCUCAAAGGAAA